AUGAGUGCCGAUAUCCUAGAAACAGAAACACCACAGCUUCAGCGACUCAUGCUGACGAAACCCAAUUACGUACCUCCACUCAACUUCUCAUUGGUUGAGGAUGGUAUUUAUCGGAGCGGGUUUCCUAUGCCGGUGAACAGACCCUUUCUAGAACAAUUGAAUUUGAAGACCAUUAUCUAUCUUGGUGAUUUGGGAGCUGAGAAGCCUAAGAAGAAAGAUAAGAAAGAUAAAAAGGAUAAAGACAAGGAAAAAAAAGCGAAGGCAAAGGAGAAUCUGGAGUGUGCAGACCAGAAACGUGGAGUGAACGGCGACUCGACCAUAGACGAUGAGAAUGAGCCCGAGGCCAAGGAACAUAAACCGAAGAAAGAUAAGCAUGGCACAAUCGAGAUUUUGGAGAAUUACAAGUCUUGGAUUUUGUCUACGGAUAUCAAAUUCCAUCAUUUGGUGGUCCAAUCGUCACAAGAACCCUUUACUCUGAAUACGCAAGAAGAAGCACAGGCCUCCUAUGUCGAGGCGCUUAAUUUGAUGCUAGAUAGACGAAACUUCCCAAUGCUCAUUCACUCCAAUAAAGGAAAACACCGUGUCGGAGUUUUAAUAGGGAUCAUGAGAAAGAUAUUCCAGGGCUGGUGCAUGAGUGGAAUCUUCGAGGAGUAUGAGAAGUUUGCAAUGGGCAAAUCUGAAUACGACUUAGAAUUCAUUGAGCUUUGGCAGCCUGACCUCGUUUAUGAUCCCAAGAAUAUCCCAGACUUUGUCCGUCUAUGA